CAACUUUUUUCUCGAUGUUGAACGAUAGAUUGUAUAAAGAAUGACUUCAGUGUCCAGAGGUACAUCAACUGAAAGCACAUCCUAAGCAGAAUGAAACUUCUUUAUUCCUUUUUGAUCAUUCUCACGAUGGCUGACACCUGCUGCAGCCAGAAUUGCUCGUAUGCAAAUUGGUGGAUCUCGUUUGACAAUGAGGGAUGGUCUUACUGUGACUCCGAAUAUCAAUACAUGACUGGUCUUUGGAGGAACGAAAGGGAGUCUUAUGAUGGCAUCUAUCUCAUAGAACAUGCGAAGUGUUGUUUUGCGCAAGAUCUGCCAGCAUCCUGCCAGAAAGCCAAUUGGUGGGGAAUUCUUGAUGGUAAAAACAGUUGGGCACUUUGUCCAGAUGGAUACUUCAUGAGAGGUCUUUAUAGGUCAGGAGACGAUUCUUGGCUGCAUAACAUCGAAGAGGCUCAGUGCUGUAAGCCAGAAGGGUUGCCAGAUAGAUAUUACGACUGCUAUGUUCAAAAUGUUUGGGGUUCGCUUGAUCACAAAGGACUUAGCGAGUGCGAGCGUGAGGGCUACUACAUGGUUGGAAUAUUUAAAGGGAAUUGUGACAAGCUGUACUGUCUCGAGGAAUUUAAAUGUUGCCGAAUGAUGGAUAUUGAAAGUUCGUCCGUUCAGGCUGAUGAAACAAAAAGCAAAGAGUAAAUCUCACAAACCAGAUUCGACGGGAGGUAGCGGCUAGCUGCUGAGUUAGAUGGGAACUGUAAAAGUAAACGUUUUAAACGUACGUCUAUAGUAUGGAAACAGUGUUGCAUGUAAUCAACAAUAAACGCAUUGUUACUUCAAA